CAUUACUGCACCAGGCUCGCUCACUCACUCACUCACUCAGCUUAGGACGGUGCCACUGUGCUGCCGGUGACUGCGCGUGGUCUUUACCGAGCUUCUCUGCCAGACUUGGCACACUUUGGACUUGUUCGGCUCGAGAGAAAGGUCAAAAGUAGAGCAGGGACAGACACUGGAGUUUCUCCGCACAGGACUGAGAUUCACCUGCCUGCAGGCGACAGGAAUACUCCAACACAACACUCCAAGAGCGCAUUUGGCAUUGUUGCGCAUUUGGAAUAACUUGGAUGAGGCGCACAAGCUGAUGGUUCCUCGACGUGAAAGAGAGGCACGCGGGAAGAAAACACAGUGUCUUCACUUGUGUUGUGCAUAUUAAAGCGCAGCAGACGAUGUGUUCUUGGUAACGCUGCGUUUUGUUUUGUUUGACUUCUACGAGUGUGUGUGUGUGUGUGUGUGUGAGAGAGAGAAGAAGUUGCCCCUUUUGAAGUGUCUCUUGGAAGAGGAGGAGAAAGAAGAAGCGAGAGAAACUCAGGAGAAAGUUGGACAUGGAUGUUGUUUGUGAAAUCUGUGUGUCGCAGCAGCCUGCAGCCGGGAUGCACUGUGCGUCUGAGCCGCAACGUCACACACCAUGAUCCGGGAACAGAUGUGCACCUGACCGCGAAUGUAACCACACCUGAAGUCGAGUCCACACGUUUCUACCAUGUUCUCUCCACUGAGCAGGAAGCUGACUCUGUGCCAGGUCCUGACCUUUGUCCUGUUGCUGGCCGCUCCUGUCUGCCUGUCCUCCUCACAGAGCUCAUCUUGGGUCUCUACGUGGGAUCGUUCCAGUGAGGCCUCGCUCGGGCGUCCAGCACGUGCUCGAAGGCAGCUGCACUUCAGGAACGAGUGGGCAGGGUGGAACGGCUGGUCCGUCUGCUCCCGCAGUUGUGGGGGCGGAGCCUCAGUGCGGACGCGUACCUGCCUCACCAGGAACCCAGUGGGUGGACCAUGCUCAGGAGAUCCCAGGCAAUACAAGAUCUGCAACACCAAGGAGUGUCCUGCAGGCUCUGGGGAUUUCAGAGAGAUGCAGUGUGCUGCCUUCAAUGACAGACCAUUGGUGGCUGGGAACUCCUUCAGAUGGACCACCUUUCAUGGAGGCUCUAACCCCUGUGAACUGAGCUGCCUGGCCUUGGGUCACAACUUCUACUACAACUUUGGACGUGUGCUUGAUGGCACAGCCUGCGACAAUGAACUGGGAGGGAUGUGUGUCAACGGACGCUGCCUGAAGCCAGGCUGUGACUCUAUCUUGGGUUCCAAGCAGCAGGAGGACGCCUGCAUGGUGUGUGGGGGACAAAACACCACCUGUCUGCACCACAAGAGCGUGUACCAGAACAAUGGUCUAGAGACCGGGGGACCUUUUGGAUACAAUGAAGUAACCAUGAUACCAGCUGGAGCCACUCACAUCAGAGUCACCGAUAACAGCAGGAAUUAUCUGGCACUCCAGAAUGGUCGUUCCCAGUUUGUGAUCAAUGGUAACUGGAAGAUAAGCGUUCCAGGCGAGUACAGUGUAGCUGGUACCAAGCUGCUCUACCGGCGUUCAGCAGACACGUGGGAGAGCUUUGAGGUGCCGGGACCCACCCAGGAAGACCUCCACCUAAUGGUACUGGCAACAGACAAAAACCCAGGCAUCGAGUAUGAGUACUGGCUGCCACCAGACCAGUACGCCCUCUACCAUGGGAGGAAGAGGAGUCCACUGCGUCAGACUCACCACACUGCCAGCUACAUACCCUGGAAUCACCCUACCUCUGCAACCACCACCACUAAAACCACCACCACCACCACCACCCGUCCUCCUCCAGUCACCAUCAAACCCUUCUGGUUUUUAAAGCCUGUGAAGCCGCCACAUCACUCAGGCCACCACACUCGCCGGCAACGCCCCCAUCAGCCCAUCCUGCCCCGUCUGGAGCGGGAGGAGAACCACAGAAACCUCCUGCCUCAGCCCUCACCUGGAGGACAUUGUGGAAAAUGUCACCGUGUUAAAGGUCGGCGGGAACGCCAGAAACAGUAUUGUAAGAAGGACUUUGUGUUUCGGGCCAAAGUCCUUGGGAAGCUGUACCGGGGUGAGGAGACGCGGUACGAUGUCCAGAUCAUCCACACAUACCGGAACCGCUUCCGUCUGGAGCACCGGGAGUUCUUGUGGGUCCCUAAUGUGUGUGACUGUCCAAAACUGGAGGAAGGGAGACAGUAUAUACUGAUGGUGCGUCGUCAUAUCAACUAUGAGCAAACGCUUAACCGCAUCCUGCUGGAGGAGGAGAGCUAUGUGGUUCCGUACAGACCCAAAGAGGACGAACUGCUGCGACCGCUUGAAAGACUGUGCAGCAACAGUGGACGUAAGCAGCCAGCAGAACUGAGGGCCUGAGAGCACAAGUGUGUGAACGUCAGAGCAAGAAGCUUAUACUGAAACUUUAUUCACUGGCAGUGUUUUUUCUCAAUUUUCUGGACCUUUAAUACAACAGACUCUGUGGAGCCAGAUGUCAGCUGCGAGAGCAAAGAUGAUAGAGAAAGGCAAAGGAAAAAGAAGAGGGAGGGAGUGAUGAAACACUGCGGAUGCUGCAACAUUUUAAAGAAGAGGAUGUCAGCGGAUUAAUCGACAGUCUGAUCCAAACUCACCACACUGAGAAACCAAAAUGACUCCAUGUUUAUUUAAAAGCCUCACCACAUUUUAUUUUUUUUACCGUAUAGAGCACUUUAGGUGGACGGUUGUGUCCACCUUUAAACACAUACCAAAGAGAAGAAUGUUGACUGAAAUGGACUUUUUGUAAUUGCUGAUUUUCCACAGCUGUCAUUUAAUUGUUUAUAUGUUUUUGUUUUUUUUACUCUUGUAAUCCUUAAAGGAAAAACUAUCCGUAAACAAAGCAGCUACUUUCAGUAAAUGCCAUCAAAACACGUUUUCAGCAGCCCAGUCGAUCUUUUAUAAACGCGACUAUUUGUGUGAUCUAAAAUAUCAACAUUAAAUGUUGGGAGUUAUUGUCAGGUUGUAUGUCAAGAGCUGAAAACACAAAUACAAUACAAAUGCAGUGUUUCUUUGUUGAGAAUAGUAUUUAAUUUAACUUUAAAAUUGGGAAUUAUCAGCUGUAGAUAUUUGGAGUUGCCAAACACAAAAGCUAUGAUCCCAAAAAAACUGUACAAUAACCAUGUGACAGGUUUUGAAGGUGGACUCUCCUUUUAGCUUUCACUUAAGAUAUUUAAUAACAUGGUUUCACAGUGUAUUUAUGUAUAAGGAUAAGCUGAAAUCAUAACACUUAACUUCACCUGUUUAAUGUAUUUCAUUGUGUUUGGUAUUAUUUUUUUAUAGUGUGUUUAAUCAGGACUUCUUUGCAAUGCGUUACAUGAAAUAAACAGUAUUUUUAUUUUGUGGCACUGAUUAACAAAAUGCUCAUCUGUUAUAGAUAACUCGUGCAUCUUUUGUUGUGCAUUUGAACGAUCGUAUUUUCUCUCAAAUAUCAUCUAAAUGUGACAAAAAAAAGUGACCAGUUAUUAUCAAAAUUAUUAUCAAAAUUCAACAAAAAACAUUGCAGUUUACUGAAUAGUCUGUCUGAGAAACUGAAGCACGACAAAACAGUUUAUAUUCGUGAUGAGCCUCGCUUCCCGGAACAGAAGUGCUUUUGUUGUAACAAACACAAGAACCUCUGCAGGUAUUAUUGGUAUUUUUGCAUUUUCCUCACUGAAUAUAAAAGAUGAACGCUGUUUUAAUGACCUUUCAAUCGUUUCUGAUUCUUCUUCUGUUAAUGAUUUUGAGCAGGCUGUACACAGAGAGGUACAAUGCUGCCCCCCACAGGAAAAGAAAGUUCCUGUCUGCAGUUCAAGGUCUGAUUCCAGCACUUUGGCUCACUGACAAUCAUUAUAUUACAGAUGUUGUACCUGCUCACCAAACUCAUUGUAGGAUGUAGAUUCACAAUAAAAUCACAAUUUAGAGGCAACAUUCUUUCAAUUAAAAGUCAACAUCUUUUUUUUAAAUUUAUAAAAGGUUGCUUCAUGUUGCUUUAAGUUAUUUUGACUUCUAACAUGCAAGACAGUCAAAGAAACCAAACAAAAACAACAGCAUUUGUAAGAAACCAGUGUAUUUACAAAAAGGCUUUAGAUCUACAACAAAGGAAACACUGCUCUAACCACAGAUGAUAAACCUGCCUACUUCUAUAAUUUUGUGAUCGAACCAGCUGCUCAUUAACUGAGGAAGUCAUCACAGCUCAGUUUGCCCUCAGUUUCUCAAACCACUGAAGUCAACAUUAUCUUUUUUAGGGACGGUUUGAGGGUGUAUUUUAAAUCCACAGCACAGUCCACCUCAGUAUCUCAAAGACACAACUACAUCAACUGAAAGCAUGAGACAGAAACCUUCUAUUUCGUCUGGAAUUCAAAACAUUUUUGAGCACUCCUGGUUUUAAAUUGAGUAACAAAAAGUAUGUAAACAAUCACAUUUCACUCACAUUAUUGAAUUUAGAUUUAAAUGAUGUGCCAUGAAGCAACUUGUUCCUCGCACACUGUACUCUAAAAAUGCCGAGCAAUAUAUAUUCAGAGAAUCUUUUUCUUUUUUGCCAGAAUGAAUCAACAUUUAGACAAAACUCUGAUGCUGACGAAUGCCGCAUCUUUCUGUUUAGCUGCCACACAGUGCCUCUUUCAGACCCUCCAUCGCUGAGCAUUCAAAUAUCUGCUUUGUGAAGUGAUUUGUUAAUCCUCGACUGCACUUCAUUUCACUUCAGCACAUAAGAAAAUCUCUCUUUAACUCUGACCUAUAAUUAGGAACCAGUCCUGAAGCUGCCUUGUUGACAAGUUUAUAUUUGAAAGAAAAAUAUGCAAAUAAAUUAGUUCCAUGUGUGACA